AUGCAGGAUGCAGAAAGAACAGACAAAUCUCCUCUGCAAGGUCAGCUGGCUGGACAAGACUAUAAGGAGCUCAUCAGUAACAUUUCAGACAGGUCACAGAAAUGUGCAGAAUGUGAAAGCUGCAGAAGAGAAAAUCAACAGUCUGAGUCAGGCAUCUGGAACAAUGAAGAUGAUGUUAUGCCCCACAGGAUUCCUGUUCUACCUAGAAAUAGAACCUUUGCUUCUGGAGAUGAACUGACUCAGUUAAUUAACUUGAAACCAUCACAGAGUGGAGUAGAUCCAAGGACUGGCAUAACAGGUCUUAUUCAAGGCCUUCAGCUGCGGAUUGAGAACCAAGAGGUGCUAAAGGAGUUUAUGGCUUUAGAACAUGUGAAACCAAUAGAUGACUGCAGAACUGGCAAAGCACCAGAAAACCAGAAUAAAAACAGAUACCGAGAUAUCCUUCCAUAUGAUAAGACACGAGUUCCUCUGGGAGAAAGGAACGGCUACAUUAAUGCAAGUUACAUUAGAAUGAAUGUUGGAGAAGAGGAACACUUUUAUAUUAUAACCCAAGGGCCUCUUCCAUCCACUAUGGCUGAUUUCUGGCAAAUGGUCUGGGAGAGUGAAUCAGAUGUGAUUGCCAUGAUGACAAAAGAAGUGGAGUUAGGGCAAGUCAAAUGUCAUCAAUACUGGCCUGAAUCUCCCUAUAACUCUAAAGACCUGGCAAAUUUCUGUCUCAGGCUACACAAUUACCAGAUUCUGGAAUACUUCAUAAUCAGAAAAAUAGAAAUUAUCAACAAGCAGACAGAAGAAAAGCGCAUUAUAAGUCAUUUGCAAUUUACCACUUGGCCAGACCACAAUACUUCCAAACUGGCUGAGCAGCUUGUAAAAUUUAUUUGUUACAUGAGAAAAGCUCACAGGACAGGACCUAUUAUUGCUCACUGCAGCACUGGCAUUGGAAGAAGUGGAGUUUUGCUGUGUGUUGAAAUUCUUCUCAGCCAUAUAGAAAAGGAUUUAUGUUUCAACAUCAAGCAGAUAGUGAGAGAUUUGCGAGAUCAGCGUUUUGGCAUGAUCCAAACUAAGGAUGAGUAUUUAUUCUGUUAUGAAGUUGUGCUGGAAGUCCUUCAGAUCCUGCGAGCAAUGGAUUCCUACUGA